UUUCUCAAAGGAAAUAGGGUAACGAAGGCGACUGUGAGCGCAGAGAAAGCGAAGGUAGGCUUUUCGGGCGCCCUAGGCUUGGACUGGGUGCUCCACACGGCGCUGCGAUCGGUCAAUGCGCUGCCCUGGGGCUGUGGAUGGGAGUUUCUUUGGCGAUCGAUAGAUCGUAGUGCUAGGCGAGUGGAAUUCCUGGGCGAUCUGAUCGGACUCUUGAGGCGGCAGCCAUGUUUAGUCGGAUGUUUGGCAAGCCCAAGGUUGAGCCAUCGACUUUGACUACUCUCGACAAGCUAAAUGAGACUUUGGAGAUGCUAGAGAAGAAGGAGAGGGUGCUCCAGAAGAAGAUCGCGGCGGAGAUCGAAAAGGCCAGAGAGUACACGCGUGUUAAGAACAAGAAAGCUGCUAUUGCUUGUCUCAAGAAAAAGAAGAUCUACGAGACUCACAUCGAACAACUAGGAAACUUUCAGCUGCGAAUUCAUGAUCAAAUGAUUUUGCUUGAGGGCGCGAAGGCAACCACGGAAACAGUCGACGCUCUGAGAAGUGGAGCUGCAGCCAUGAAAGCAAUCCAAAAAGCUACGAACAUCGACGACGUAGACAAAACUAUGGAUGAGGUGAACGAGCAGACCGAGAACAUCAAGCAAAUCCAGGAAGCUCUCUCGGCUCCAUUCGGUGCCGCCGGCGAAUUUGACGACGAUGAUUUGGAGGCCGAGCUCGAGGAUUUGGAAGGAGCGGAGUUGGAAGAACAAUUGCUCAAGCCAGCGACAGCUGCUCCGACGCCAAUCCCAGCUCCAAAUCGUGUUCCAAGCCGAGCUCCUCAAGCUCAAGUUCCUCAACAACGGGUCCCUGCCACCAACGUCGCCGAGGACGAUGAACUAGCGGCCUUACAGGCGGAAAUGGCCCUGUAAAAAACCAAGCAUUUCCAUCCAUCCCAUUGUAUUCUUCUUCGCCAUGGUUUUAUUCCGAAGUAGAGAGUUUUAGA